UACAUGCUGACAAAUGCUAGGACAAAGGAUCGCCACCCAAAAUGUGCCCAUGUUCUAAGCCAAUCAAUCCACAUCAUCCUGGCAGAUAACACCGUCCACACCAAUCUACGAUCAGGAUUACUUGGGCAAAUCUCAGUUAUGCUCACUCAACCAUGUACUAGUCUCCCACAAAUGCACCAAAACCAUCGAAGACCACGACGUGGAGAGUAAAUAUGAAACUUAAGAAUCAGUGAGACGCAACCCAGUUGGACCAAACACCCGAAGAAGAUGGUUUGUGGAGUUCUUUUGUCGUCGAUUUCAGUUAUUUAUCCAUGUACGUCCUCCAUACAUGGCUCUAAAAGAUCCACUAAGAUUCAAACUCGUUCUUGUGCAACACGCAGAAUUCAGUGCUCAAAUUCUGGUCCAGACUUGCCCCUAACAACUGAAUAUCUUCAAAAUGAUGGUUCUAUGACUGGUGGUGCAUAUGAUUUUGAAAGAGCAACAACAUCACUUACUGGUCUGUCAAUAUCGUCAUCAAAGAAGGUGACUCUUGUAAGGCAUGGCCUUAGCUCUUGGAAUGAAGAGAGUAGAGUACAGGGAAGCUCAAACUUAUCUAUCCUAACAGAAACUGGAGUGAGGCAAGCAGAGAGGUGCAGGAAAGCCUUGGCAAAUAUGCACUUUGAUCAAUGCUUUUCAAGUCCAAUAUCUCGUGCCAAGUCCACUGCUGAAGUUCUAUGGCAGGGGAGGGAAGAACCACUUAUUUUCCUUGAUUCACUAAAGGAAGCCCAUCUAUUUUUUCUUGAAGGCAUGAAAAAUGUGGAUGCAAAGGAGAGAUAUCCAAAGGAGUAUACAACAUGGAGAGAAGAUCCUGCUAAUUUCUAUGUGAAUGGUGUUUACCCUGUGCGAAAACUGUGGGGAACAGCAAGAGAGGCUUGGAGAGAAAUAUUGUUAUCACCUGGAGAGAGUUUUUUGGUUGUCACUCAUAAAUCAAUUUUGAGGUCUCUGAUCUGCACAGCUUUAGGGCUACCCCCAGAGAGGUUCCGAGCAAUAGAUGUGUAUAAUGGUGGAAUAUCUGUCUUCAACUUCAACAAAAGAGGAGAAGCAAUGCUACAAUCUCUAAACAUGACAGCCCACAUGUACAACGAUCACGUCUAUCUUUACUGAAACCUAUAGAUGUUGUACAUUCAUUGAUGAGAAAGACGCAGGCCUUCUUCACCGACAUAUUUGGAUAAUACUUGGAAUGUUAAGUUUAUAUGGCACAUUCCAUUUCAUGGUUUCGAACAUGACUUUGAGGAGACCUUCGACUGGAAUGAAUUUAUCUGCAAUUAUGUUACACUUGAAGUCGCUGGCCGGCGCCUGUGCAUUUGUGUGGUACUUUAAUCGGACGACUGGCUUCAGAAAAUCUGUUUUCUUUUUCUUCAA